AUGUCUGAAGAUUAUACUAAAUUAGUAACAAAUUUAUUGAAAAGACAUAAUCUUAAUGUUACAAACAUGAAUAAUUCUUUCUCUGAAUAUUCUACUAUUAAAGUCUCUUUCGAUAAGAAGCUCACCUGUAAUCUUAUUAUCUGGCGCAAAAAAAUUUCUAGUGCUGCUGAAUAUAGUAAACUAUAUGCUAGAUCAUUAAACAAAGAUAAGAGUUGGAUAAUUGUUACUAAAUCAUUAAUAAAUGAAAAUCAAAUCGACAUGAUGGAAAAAUACAGUUGUCAGACUAAUAGAUAUAUAAAAAUAUCUUGUGUUGAUGAAUUUCAAAUCAUUAAUCAUCUAAAAGAACU